AUGGUUAAUGCUACUACUCCAGUUAACAGUGUCACACAAAUUCGUUUCACUCAUUACCAGGUAUCAGACGAAAGGUUAUUUACUAUACUUGAAUUGAAAAGUACCAGUGUCCCCUUUUUAGUAGAUACUUCAGUUUGCAAAAUUCCACAUAUAGAUCCGUUUGAUAAAUCAUUAAAUAUUUUGAUGGUGGGUGUUGAUUCAAUUUCUCGAAAUAAUAUGCUACGCUAUAUGAAGAAAACUUGGACGUAUUUUGUAAACAAACUCAACGCUAUAGAUUUACGUGGCUAUAAUAAAGUUGCUGAUAACACUUUUCCAAAUAUAGUUCCGAUGACAACGGGAAAAUAUGUCGAUCAGUUAUCAUGGAACGAAUCAAUAAGGUGGAUGCCAAUGGACAAAUUUAAUUUUAUUUGGAAUAAUUAUUCUGCAAAGGGGUAUAGAACUUUAUAUGCUGAAGAUCAUCCUAAUAUAGCAAUUUUUGAUUUUAAGAAAUCUGGAUUUAAAAUACCUCCUGGAGAUUACUUCAAUAGGCCUUUAAGUGUUGCUAUGGAAAAAACUAAAAAGGUUUGGAAUUCUAAACACUAUUGUGUACAUGGAAGAACAGAAACUGAUAUAGUUCUAGACUAUUUAAAGAAUUUUGCUCAGAUGUUUCAGUCUAAACCACAUUUUUCCUUCACAUUCUUCUCAAGGCUAACACAUGAUUAUCUCGAAGGAACAUAUAAAGCAGAUACAAUCUUCCUGAAUUUUUUCAGAGACAUGUUUGAAAGUGAUAACUUAAAAAACACAGUUAUUUUCUUUUUCAGCGAUCAUGGAAUGCGUUUUGGUAAUUUUAGGGAAACAUUUGUUGGCAAAUUGGAAGAACGUCUUCCUUUUAUGCUGAUUGUAUUCCCUCAAUGGUUCCGUAAAAAGUAUCCAGACAUUCAUAGAAAUUUACAGAUCAAUGCUAGAAGACUUACAACUCCUUUUGACAUAUUUGCGACAUUAGAACAUAUUUUGGAUUUCAAUGGAAUUGAGAAAAAAGAAGUGAAAAAGAAAAGAUCAAUGAACUUGUUUAAUGAAAUUCCCGAAGACAGAACUUGUGAUGACGCUGGUAUCCUACCUCAUUGGUGUACUUGUUCUAAACUUGAAACGUUAGAUAUUGAAAAUAAGACAGUUCUCACUAUUGGUCAUACUAUGGUAUCUAAGAUUAAUCAAGAUUUAAAAGAUUCCUUUGACGUUUGUGAAAAAUUAUACUUGAAGACUAUAAAAUAUGCUCUGCGUGUAACUCCGCCCAACAAAAGGACCAGGAAUAUCGUCAAAAAUAGGAACGUUGUAUACGGCGAUCGUGUUAAGUCUUAUAUUGGUUAUCAGAUAACCGUUCAAACAAAGCCGGGAGAUGCUAUCUUUGAAGGGACAUUACGGUUUGACGAGAAAGGAAAAACAUAUCACUCAGUAGGUGAUGUCAGUCGAAUUAAUAAGUACGGUGGUCAAUCACAGUGUAUUGAGGAACAUCAUCUUAAAAAACUUUGUUACUGUAAAAUACAGUCAUAG